UUCUGUUGUGAAUUGACAGUAGUGCCGAAGUCACCAGGGGUAGGUGAUCGUCAUCGGAGGCAACCCUGUUCGGCAAAAAAAAAACCCGAGAAAUGAUUUCAAUUUACAACAAUCACAAUCAACAUCUACAUCAACUGAAUAAAACAUAAAAAAAAAAGGAAUAUUAUUAAAAAUACAACAAUAAUAUUAAAGAAUUUUUAAGCAACGAAAUUUAUUUAUAAAGAAAAAACAAAUGUUUCAAAUGUUAAAUGUUUAAUUAAUAUAGCAAUGUUAUUAUUCGUAUUUAGAAUUACAGAUAGAAUUAAUUAAAACGAAUAGAUAAGAAUGAAACAUAUGAGAUUAAAAAAUAAAACGAAAUAAUAAUUAAUUAAUUAAAAUUAUAGAUAAAAUAUAAUUAAUAUUUAUUGUUACUAUACACUUUAUGUGAAGACAAUCCCAGUUACCAAGUUACCUAAUUAGAAUAAUAAGAGUAAUAUAAUUCAGGUAUUCUGUACAAUAAAAUUUCAAUUGGAAAUAAUUUAAAUGCAAAAAAAAAAAAUAGUAACUUUCAAAAAUUGUUGAUUAUAAAUAGAUAAAAGUUUUUUGGAGUACAAUAAGAAUCUAUAAAUGUAAAAGGUUAACAUAUCUUGAAGAAAAUUUUAUGUGUGAAGCUGGUAUCCAUCAAUCAAUGUUGAACCAGGAAACCUCUGAAUAAUCGUUAAAAAAAUAUAUAAAAAUUCGUGUUGAUAUUGUUACUUGGAUGUUAACUUGUGUGAACAAAAAAAAAAAUAACAUAUGCGACAUUUUUAUGUACUUUUUCUUCUUAUAAAAAAAAUAAUAAUAAUAGAAAUAACGACAAUUAUAAAUUGCAUAGUCUUUGUCUGAAGUAUAAGUCUCUUCUUGGUCAGACAACCGUAAAAACUUCUGAACCAUUCUACAUUCAAUCUUUAUAUCUUCCGUUGAAAAUAAAAGAAAAAUAAAAGCGAAAAAAAAAAAAAUACAAAGUAUAAAAUAAAUAUGUAAAAAAAUACUGAUAGCAUUUUGCAGCAUUAUUAAAAAAAAUAAAUAUUUAAAAAGAAAAGCAGUUAAAAAAAAAAAACAAAAUACAUAAAUAAAAUUUACGAGAAAUAUUUUUAUGCUAAAUUGGGAAUAUAAAAAAAAUUAUUAUUUAUCUAUUUUAUUGUAAUAUUAUUCUUUCUUUUUUGUUAUCAUUAAACAUUGAAGUAAAAAAAUUUACUAAAUUAUAAUAAAAUGAAUCUCGAAGUUGAACUGAUUGCUAGUGUUGUUAAGGGUCGACCACCCCCAGCUCAUUUGCCAGCACCAAGACUCAUUAAAAUUUUUAUUGCAAGCGAACGUGAUGAAUUUUUUGAGGAGCGUAAACAGCUUCUUGAGUCAGUUGGUCCAGAACUCCAGUCAAUUUAUGAUGACAUGGGAAUUGAGGUGCUUUUGGUGGAUAUGCAAUAUGGAACAAUUAAAAAUCCUGAUGAUGAUCCCAGACUUGCUGAAUUAUUUAUUGAAGAAAUAAAUGCUUCAUAUGGACACUCAAGAGGAUGUUUUCUCAUUCUUUUGGUAGGAAAUGAGUACAAUGCUGGAUGGAUACCAACAAAAUUUUCAGAAAGUACAUUUAUCUCUUUGGCCACCCACUGCUCGUCGCUCAAUGAAUUUUAUGAACACAAAGGCCAUUGUUAUAUUUUGAAAGCGACCAGUGAAGAGACAGCACAAGAUGAUUGGCAAAAAACAAAUGGAAUAAAAAUACGUGGAUUAUUAAAAACAGCUGCUGAAAAUGCAGUGAAAAAUAAUCAAAAUGACAAUGAUAUUUUAAAUGUAUUAAAAAGUACAUCUGAAAGACAAUUUGAAUACGGUUUGAACCUUGACCCUGAGGGAUGUGGAAUAAUUUCCAUAAUUCGUGAAUGGAAAAAUGCUGAACAAAUUGGUAUCAAAGACCAAUGCCAAAGUUUAAAGAAAAAAAUAUUAUCAUCACUACCAAAUGCAAAUAUAAUAAAUUUCAAUGUUGAAUUUAAAAACAAUAAUAAUAAUUCAGAAAUCAAUGAAUCAUAUGAAUUAUAUUUAGCUGAUUUACGUAAUCAAGUUGUUGAAAGAAUUCAACAACUUGUUAAUUCAUCUGUUGAAAAAAAUCCAGAAAUAAAAAGUCGUAAAAAAAUGGUACAAGAAAUAUAUUCUGAAAGUUUAACACAUUUGUCAUUACUUCGUGAAAUAAAACCAUUAGAACAAACAGAUGAAAUAGUACAACGUAUUAAAAAAUUAAUAACAGUUGGAACAAAAAAUAAACAUGGUCCAAUAUUUAUACGUGGUGGUAGAUUAUCUGGUAAAUCAUCAAUAUUAUCAACAAUAUAUAAUAACAUUGAUAAUUGGUUGGAUAAAACAACAUUAAAAAUUGUAAGAUUAUGUACAUCAACACCGCGAUCAGCUUACAGUGUUGAAUUAUUACGUAUUCUUUGUCAACAUAUUGGUUUUUUGAGUGGUAAUAAUGAUGGUAAUUUACCACGUGAAGCAUCAUUUAAUCCAUUACAUUUAAAUAAUUGGUUUACACAAAUAUUACGUGGUAUUGAAGAACAAGAUAAUAGUAAUAACGGACAAAAUAUUGUAAUAUUAAUUGAUGAUCUUCAUCGUUUACAUACACUUGAAAGUGAAAUAAUUGUUGCAUUAUCAUGGUUACCAUUACAAUUACCACCUGGUAUACAUUUUAUUGUUACAACAAGUGUAACACUUGAUACACUUAAAUUAACACCAUUACAAAAAGAAAGAUUUAAAAGUCAUGAUAUAUUAAUUGACAUUGGUGAUACAAGAAGACGUAGUAGUGCAUGUAGUCCAGGUGUUUAUGCUGAGUAUGGUGAAUAUGGUGAUACUGCUAUUAAAAAAAAUACAAAAAUUGAUGAAAAUACAAUUGAAGAAUUUGAAAAUGCAUUUGAUUAUAUGGAAAAACUAAUUGGUAAAAAAUCAGCAACAAGAAUUGGUUCAAUACUUGCUGUAACUGAAUAUGGUUUAUCAGAAACAGAAAUAUUAGAAUUAAUAAUGCCAACAUGUGAUGAUGGACCAUUAUUAUUAAAAAAUGGACAAUUUAAUUUUUCAACAUGGUGUUUAAUUAAAAGAAAUUUAAUUAAUUAUUUAAAAAUACGUGUAUUAAGUGGUAAAUUAUUAUUUUCAUGGAGAUGGAUAUGUAAAGAUUUAGCAAGAAAAAGAUAUUUAACAACACUUGCACAAUCACGUGCUUGUCAUAUAGAAAUAGCAACAACAUUAUUUUUUUUUGAUGGUGAAAAUGAAAAAUGUGAAAGUGAAGAAGAUAAUAAAUCAACACCAAAAAAAUCAAUGUCAAUCAUAUUGGUACAAGAUGAUAAUGAAAAAGAAAAAGAAAUAAAACAAAACAAAGACAAAGAAAAACAAGAAGGAGAAAAAGAAGAAGAAGAAGAAAAUGAUAAUUUUAUUGAUCCAAAUUUAGAAGCAAUAAAAAGUACACCAUUUCAAAGUAUUCCACAAUCACAAGAUAUAACAUACACAAUAAGACAUGUUGAAGAAGCAUGGUUACAUUUAUUACGUGCUGGUGAUGUUGAAAAAUUAAAAAGACUUGCUGUUUGUGCAUUUGAUUUUUUAUUAGCAGCUGUACAAAUGAUAUCUGUUAGUUAUUUACGAUGUGUACUUGAACAUUCACGACAAUAUUUACUUGAACGUGAUUUAGAGCUUGUUUAUUAUGCUAUAAGAAAUUCAAGUGAUGCAUUAACACGUGAUCCAUUACAAUUAGGUGGACAAUUAAUAUCAUGGUUAAGACCAGUUGUUGAAGAUGGUGGUGAUUUAGUUAGUAUAAUGAUAACAGCAGCAAUGGCAUGGUGUGAUGGUUAUGCUGCACCAUUAUUAGUACCACUUAAUGGAUGGUUACAAUCACCAUUACCACUACAAAUAAGAGCAUUAACAUGUCCACAAGGUGUUAAAUUAAUUGAAAUAGCACCAUCUGGACAACAUAUUGUUAUUGUACCAUCAGAGCUAUCAGCACAAUGUGAUGCACAACUUUGGCAUGUUAUGUCAGGACAACUUGUACAUACAUUUAAAGGACAUUCAAAUCCAAUAUCAUGUCUUGCUGUUACACAACAAAGUCAAUAUCUUUUAACUGGUUCUGAUGAUACAACAAUUAUUGUAUGGGAUAUGAAAGAAUUUAGUAUGAAAAGACGUAUUUGUGAACAUAUUGCACCAGUAUUAUCUUUAACACCAGCAUUAAAUAAUUCAGUUAUUGUUAGUGGUGGUGAAGAUUCAAGAAUAAUUGCAACAAGUUUAUUAACUGGACAAGUAUUAAUGAAAGUUGAUCAUCAUCGUGGUCCAGUAACAUCAUUAAAAAUUGAUUCAGCUGGUGAGGUACUUGUAUCAGGAUCAGUUGAUGGUAAUGUUUGUUUAUGGUCAUUGGAAAAUUUUAAAUUAUUAAAUACAAUUGUAUUAUCAUCAUCAGUUAAUACACUUGAUAUAUCAGGUGAUUCAGUAUUUUUACUUGCUGCAUGUGAUGAUGAAAAAUUAUAUUUACGUUCACUUGCAACUGGAACUGAAAUUCAUACACUACGUGGUCAUCAAGGACCAAUUAAAAGUAUAUGUUUAGCAAAAGAUUGUCGUCGUGCUGUUGCUGGUGGUAUUGAUGGUUCAAUAUCUGUAUUUGAUAUGCAUUCUGGUAAAUUAAUAAGAUCAUUAUCAGCAAAUUUAACAGCAGAUGUAACAUCAGUUAAAGUUACUGAAAAAGAUGAUUUUCUUGUAACAGCAAGUGGUAAUCGUGUUAUUUAUUGGAGUUUUAGAGAUGAAGAAUUAAAUAAAACAAGAAAUCAUAAAAAAGAACAAACAAUACAACAACAUACUGCAUCAAUAACUUGUAUUGAUAUUUCACGUGAUGGUGCAAUGGCUGUUACUGGUGGUGUUGAUUCACUUGUUAAUCUUUGGCAAUUAAAUACACAUGAAUUAAUGCUAAGUCUUGAGGGACAUAUUGCAAGUGUUACUUGUGUUACAUUUUCAGCAUCUGGUUUAUUUGCUGCUUCUGGAUCAGAGGAUAAAACUGUUAGAGUUUGGGGUUUAACAUUGGGUUUUGUUGUUGCAACAUUUCGUCAUCAAUCACCAGUAUUGGCAGUUAUUGCAAUGUUAGAUGGCAGAAGAGUUGUCAGUUCAGAUAGAGGUGGUAAUAUUAGAGUUUGGGCUGCUGAUACUGGAACUAUGAUACAAUCUGUAUGUGGUCCAGGAAGAUGUUUUGCUGUUACAUCUGAUAUGAGAUAUACUGUAUGUGGAGCUGGAGAUAAUCAAGUACAAAUUGUUAGUCUUGGUGCUGGACCUGAAGAAAAAUAUAAAAUAUCACAUUCACAAGAAAUAACAUGUCUUGUUGUAACACCAGAUUCACAAUCUUUAAUAACUGGUUCAAGAGAUAUGAGUCUUAAAGUAUGGCAAUUAACUGGUGGUAAACUUUCACAAGUACUUGUUGGUCACAGUGAUCAUGUAACAUGUGUUGCUGUAGCUGUAUUAGAUAAAAGUAUUGUUAUAUCAGGUUCACGUGAUGCAAAUUUAAUUGUAUGGGAUAUAAAUACUGGUGAUGAUUUACACACAUUGACUGGACAUUUGGGAUAUGUAACAUGUGUUAAAUUAAGUGGUGAUGGUACACUUGCUGUAUCUGGAAGUGAAGAUAAAAGUAUAUUUGUAUGGGAUACUAAAAAAGGAACAUCAAUUAAUGCAAUAAUGUUACAUGUACCAAUAUUUAGUCUUGAAUUAUCAACUGAUUGUUCAAGAAUUGCAUUACAUCUUUUAGAUCAACAAUAUAUGCCAAUUUUAUGUUUACAUAAUACACCAGCACAAUAUGUUAAAUUACCAUCUUAUGUUGCACCAAGAGAUUUGAGACCACCUGGUCCAAAAAGACCAGCAAGACGACUAUUGAAAAAAGAAGUAUCACUUGAUACAUAUACAUGGCAAAAAAAAUAUGGACAUAUUACAUCAGGAAUAAUGGUUGCUGCUAUUGAUGAUAGACUAAAAAGAAGAUUCAGUGUUAGUGCAUCAAUGGAAGAAAUAAGUAAAGCCGGCUUGGCUGAUUCACAAACAAGUCUUGGAAAAUCUCAACAAGCAGCACUUGCUCAAUCACAACACUUUGAUCAACUUGAAGCUUUGUGGAAUAAACAAUCACCACCACCAAGACCACGUAGAACACUUUGCAAACAAAGUUCAUUACAAGCUCCAAGAAUAUCUGACUCUGAUGAAGAAGAUUUUCCAGGCUAAUGCUAAUAAUCUCAACAAAUACUUUCCCUCAGUAAAGAGAUCUUACAUAAAAAAA